AUGGUCGACUACGCAAAAUAUCGAGUGGUAGAAUUGAAGGAGGUUCUCAAAACCCGUCAACUUCCAACUAAUGGCUUGAAAGCUGCUUUAGUGCAACGUUUGAUAGAAUCAGAUGCCCGUCAUAUUUCCAUCGAGGAGGUGGUUGAUCAAAAGGUUAAAUCUAAUGCAACAUCUACUGCACAUCCACCUCAAUCGCAAAUUGGAGUUGACAACCUGAAGAUCGGCACUCUACUCCAUAAUAUGGAUACUCUCAAAAGCAUCCCAGGCUUCACUGCUACAGCCGCAGGUAAUAGCAUGCUCGGUCAAGAGAACAGCCAUACCUCAUCGAAGAACCAGAAUCCACAAUGCUCUAUCUCAAAGAACAAUUAUGCGCAGUCUCUUCCAAAUAAUAGCCAGAACGCUGUAACAUUUAGCGAAAAUGAUUUCAGUGAUGAUGAUGAUAUAGACUUGGGCACCAACUACGACUUGCCAAUGUCUCAAACGUCCUUCACUAAUUCUCAGCCACAAUCUCAGCCCGGUGCGUACAGUCAAAGUCACAUGUCUCAUUCCUCUCAAGUCUAUGGCAUGACUCCACCGGCUUCAGGCUUUCAACAAGGCUAUCGUACAAUGUCGCUGUCGCAGAAGUCUUAUCUACCGGCAACUCCUACUCCACGUCAGCCAUUGGCAAGUAUUUUAAGUAACCAAAUGUCACCACCAUCGUCUACUAAGCUUCACCAAAAGCCUUUGGUCUACGCUCCCUAUUUGUCGUUCUAUCAGCUAGAGCAAAUGUAUCCAAAUGGCCAAAACUUUCAGGAUGAGAAUGCAAAGCUUGCACGCAGAAAAUGGUUGGCAAAGUUGGGUAUUGACGUUUCGCCAUACAACUUUGUGUUCACUAAUGAGUCACAAAGAGAUAAAGUCGAAAUUCAUUGGGCAUUGAAGUCUCCAGAGGAGCGCCGAGAUAUUGAACAGAAAGCUGUUCAAUUGAAGCCACCCUAUCAAGUCACCCAUGCGGUACCGCUACGAUUAGCCCCUUUUGCUCUACGAACACCUGUCCCAAUCAACCUGAUUGGCCCAACCCCUCUAUCGUUCUACGAGUUGGAGCAAACAUAUUUCAACUUUCCUCAGGGAAAGAAUUUGGCGUAUUAUGACCUUGUUCCCAAACGCUUAGCUUGGCUGGAAACACUUGGCUUCGACGAUCCUAGAUAUCUACCUCUAGCGCAGAGUUCGCGAGAACUGCAGGCAUUGAACGAUCUCUAUGAUCAGAAACCAAGCGUAGAGCGAAGAGCCAUCGAAGCUAAAGCAAAAUAUAUCAAUGCUAAGCCCAACCUGCCAGCUCUUUCGUGGGUGACUUUAGAGAAAGAUUAUGAGAUCUACCCAGUAAGUGCUUUCACAACACACACAGCAUAUAGCGACAAACGCCGCGAAUGGCUUCAAAAGCUUGGCCUUGAUGUUAUACCAUUCUGUUACAAAACUGCACAGCUCCAUGAGGGCAAUAUGCAGGGAAUGGAAAUUGCCUGGAGUGAAAUGACUGAGGUUGAACGCAAUAGAGUUCUUGAGAUGGCGAAAUCUAUCAAAGAAGAUAGCAAUCCGGUUGUUGAAUCAUGGGCAGAGUUUGAGUAUACGUAUGGUUUUACUAGAGAAAAGGACAAGGAGUUUAAGAAUGACCCUGCUGGCUAUUCCAAGAAACGUGGAUUAUGGAUCAUCGAUAUUGGAUUGGAUGUUGAACCUUUCAAGAGCGUCAUCUCAAGCCCUACCGCUCUACAAGCAGCAUGGUCUACGAAGCCCGUUGAAGAGAGGAAAGCCAUUGCCAACAAAGCUAAGUGGGAGAAAGAACGCUUCGUUAGGGAUUUGGCGAGAAAAAAGGCCGAAAAGGCAGGUGGCAAUUACAAAGCUCCUCCCACUGAAGUCAAGAAAACAAGCAAGCGCACAACUACGACCAAAUCGUCUAACUACAAGGUUUCUAAGUCCUCUAGUUAUAGACACAAUCGAUAUGGUUAUGGUGGCUAUGGCAGAUCAUAUUCUUCUGGUUAUGGAUUUGGAUAUGGAAGAAACAGAUACUCAAGAUACUAG